CUGGAGGAGAAAGGGUUUGGCAGCCUGGAGGAAAGGGAGAGAGGCAGAGCCUGGGCACCAUGGCUGGAAUCUCUGCUCUUGGGCUCCUCUCCCUGUGUCAGCUCUUGGCCACAGCAGCAGCUCAGUCCCUUCCAAGAAUUGGACCCCAAGGCCCUCCUGGACCUCCAGGACCCCCUGGACCAUCUGGCAAGGACGGCAUUGAUGGAGAGCCAGGCCCUCCUGGUUUGCCAGGCCCACCAGGGCCAAAAGGUGCACCAGGGAAGCCUGGAGCUGCAGGUGAAGCUGGGUUGCCUGGCCUGCCUGGAGUGGAUGGUUUAACAGGAACUGAUGGCCCACCUGGCCCAAAUGGGCCUCCAGGAGACCGUGGUGCAUUAGGACCUGCUGGGCCACCUGGACCAGCUGGCAAAGGACUACCAGGACCUCCAGGGCCUCCAGGACCCAGUGGGCUCCCAGGGGGACAUGGAUUUCGGGGCCCUUCUGGACCUUUUGGUCUGCCAGGAUUCCCAGGGCCUCCUGGACCACCUGGGCCUCCUGGUCUUCCAGGUGCCCUUCCUGACGGCGGUGGGGACCUUCAGUGCCCAGCUCUGUGCCCACCAGGUCCCCCAGGCCCCCCAGGAAUGCCAGGCUUCAAGGGUAACCCUGGCCCUCCUGGCCCUCCAGGGAUUCCCGGCGGUGUUGGCCUGCAGGGCCCAAGAGGACUGAGAGGCCUCCCUGGUCCAAUGGGUCCAGCUGGCGACAGAGGUGACAUUGGAUUCAGGGGCCCACCUGGAAUCCCAGGACCUCCAGGCAGAGCUGGAGACCAAGGGAGCAAAGGACCUCAGGGAUUCCGGGGGCCCAAAGGUGACACCGGUAAACCUGGACCAAAAGGAAACCCAGGGGCUCGUGGGCUCAUAGGAGAACCUGGGAUGCCUGGCAAGGACGGGCGGGACGGAGCUCCUGGACUCGAUGGUGAGAAGGGUGACGCAGCUCCCGUGGGUGCUCCUGGAGAGAAGGGGCCAAAUGGACUUCCCGGUCUGCCUGGAAGAGCAGGUAUUAAAGGCUCAAAGGGUGAACCAGGCAGCCCUGGAGAGAUGGGAGAGGCAGGUCCCUCUGGAGAGCCUGGCAUCCCUGGCGAUGUUGGCGUCCCUGGUGAGAGAGGUCUGCCAGGACCCAGAGGAGCAACUGGACCUCUUGGCCUCCAAGGCCCCAUAGGAGCCCGUGGUGUCCGAGGUUUCCAGGGGCCCAAAGGUGCCAGUGGUGAGCCUGGCCUGCCUGGCCCGACCGGGAUCCGUGGAGAGACAGGAGACAGGGGUCCUCUUGGUGCUCCUGGUCCCAAGGGGAACCAGGGCAUUGCUGGAGCAGAUGGCCUCCCAGGUGACAAAGGAGAGCUGGGUCCCUUUGGACCUCCUGGCCAAAAAGGAGAGCCAGGAAAAAGAGGAGAACUUGGUCCAAAAGGUGUCCAAGGACCUAAUGGGACAGCUGGAGCACCAGGGAUCCCAGGACAUCCAGGACCCAUGGGGCACCAGGGGGAGAGGGGUGUCCCUGGCAUCACAGGCAAACCUGGGCCUCCUGGCAAAGAGGCCAGUGAACAACAUAUCAGAGAACUCUGUGGGGAAAUGAUAAAUGAGCAAAUUGCGCUGCUGGCUGCUAACCUGAGGAAGCCCUUGGCUCCUGGGGUGACGGGACGGCCUGGCCCGGCCGGGCCCCCGGGCCCUCCUGGGAGCACGGGCAGCGCUGGACACCCUGGUCCUCGUGGGCCCCCAGGAUACAGAGGGCCCACGGGAGAGCUUGGGGACCCCGGACCCAGAGGUGACCCUGGUGAAAAGGGAGACAAGGGACCUGUGGGCCAAGGAAUUGAUGGGCCUGAUGGUGACCAAGGGCUGCAGGGACCACCUGGUGUGCCUGGAAUUACUAAAAACGGCCGUGAUGGUGCUCAGGGUGAACCCGGGCUGCCAGGGGAUCCUGGGACUCCUGGCACUGUUGGGGCUCAGGGAACUCCAGGAAUAUGUGACACGUCGGCUUGCAUGGGAGCUGUUGCAGCAUCAACUUCCAAAAAAUCAUAAACCAACAGUACAAGAAGUGAAGAAGUGACUGAAUAUUUAAAUAAACAGUGCAUUGUAAGAAAACAGAAUCCUUCUAGUGCUAAAAGGACAGAUGCUCCUUCUAUUCUAUUAAGUGGAGACUUUGACACAGUUCUAUGAAAAAGAAAGCAUCAGAUGAAAACUUUAAUUAAAAGAUGCUUUAUGACUAUCUUUUCCUCCCCCCAAUUAUUUCCCAGAAUUUUUACUGCUAAACAACCUCACCUUUCCUUCCUUCCUUUGCUCAAGAGACCUGCAAGAGGAAGCAUUGCUCCUUUUUACCAUCACCCCCCCCUGUACUAAAGAUCACGACUUUUUGCUAAGAAAGUUUGAGCCUUUUCCAUUGAAUUCCUUGGUGCUGCUCCCACUGACUUCAGUCCUGCAGGUUUGUGCUCUCAGACACGUUGUUAAGACACUCAGGCACCGAGCUGCCUCUUCCAUCAGUGGAAAUCAGGCAUUCCAAUAUCCUGUAUUUUAACAUCUGAACCUUCUGGCCUAAGGAAUGACCAUUGCUUAAGUCUGUGCUGCCAGCUAAAAAUUUUCAGAUUGCACCUCAAAUAUUUUGGCAAGACUAGUAAACAGUAAUCCUCUUGCAAGCAAAUUCUGCAAAAGGAGUAAUGUAAAUAUUUUAAUUUCCAGGGAAGAAUUUUUGCAUAUUUCCAUAUGAUAACGAAGGAAAUGAAGUAACAGCAUUUUCAUGACCUCUACUUCAGCUAUUUGCACAGUAAUUGUGAUGGAACCCCACCUAAGAAAGGAUGCUCUUUUAAAGUCCAGCCAAAACCACCUGUAUGAACUGUUGUAAAAAUAAAAGGAGAUUUUUUUUAA